AACUUUGAGAUUAUUUCAGUAUGUUAUGGGUUUGGAGGCAAUGCCAUAGUGCCCUGUUCGAACCUUAUCGACCAUGGCCGCUACAGCUUCUUCUUCAAGUGUUUCGUUAAUCACCUCACCAUUUCUUCCCAACCCGUUUCGGCCAUCAACCUCAAAGAUUCACAUCACGCCAUCGCCACGCUUCUCCAAAAUGAGGUUUCAACCCUUUGUUCUGCCAAGAAGGAGAAGCCUCAUUCUUCGAUGCGCUCGAACCGAAUCCAAAGGGGUCUCAUUAGGCUUCAGAGCUCCAAAUUUUGAGCUUCCUGAACCUCUUACAGGCAAAGUAUGGAAAUUAGAAGAUUUUGAACCCUAUCCUGCUUUACUGGUUAUGUUUAUCUGCAAUCAUUGCCCAUUUGUUAUACACUUGAAAAAAGAUAUUGUGAAACUUUCAAAUUUCUAUAUGAAGAAAGGGCUGGCUGUUGUAGCCAUAUCUUCAAAUUCUGUAACUACACAUCCACAGGAUGGACCAGAGUUCAUGGCAGAAGAUGCAAAAGCAUUCAGUUACCCAUUUCCAUAUCUAUAUGAUGAAUCACAGGAGGUUGCAAGGGAUUUUGCUGCAGUUUGUACACCAGAGUUUUUCCUGUUCAAAAAGGAUGGGCGUAGGCCAUUUGAGCUGGUUUAUCAUGGUCAAUUUGAUGAUUCUCGGCCGAGCAAUAACAAGCCUAUCACUGGGAGGGAUUUAAGUUUGGCAUUAGAUUGUGUCCUCAGUGGCCAACCAGUGUCUUCAGUGCAGAAACCCAGUGUUGGAUGUAGCAUAAAGUGGCAUCCGCUAUGACGAGUCCUCUCAUUUUCUGCAGCCUGAAGGUUAAAUCUCUGAACAAAGGCAUUUGAUGCAGCACACAGUUUGUUAAAGCCAAACCAAUUUCAUUAUUUGAAUCAGUUGAUCCAUCCUACUCCUGUGAUGUUUUCUCUUCUUUUCUUUUCUCGUUUACAGAGAUGUUUCUUUUUAUAUUGUCAGGGCUAUAUAAACUAAAGAGAAAAAAAAAAACUAUGGUUUUAUUCUUUUUCAUCCAUGUAUAUUUAUAAUUUAACUGAGUGUAAUGUCCACAUCUUUUAUGCAAUAUUUAAGGAGUAAAUUUUUUUAGUCUA